AUGUCACCUCCUUCUGCCCAAGAGCGGCGUGUUUCGGACUCGCCUUCCUUGACUCCUAUCCCCGUCAUUCCACCAGUCCAAGAAACGAAUCCACCCGAUCCACCCGAUCCAAACAUGGCGAACCCACGCCUUAUUUUCAACCGGGCUCUUAUAUAUGAACGUCGACUGCCCGGAGAUGCAUAUAUUACAGCUCAUGUCCAGCGACUGCAGCAUGGCUAUUACUCUAGCGAAAUUGUGUCCGACAAGGGUGCCAAGCAUGUUGACUUUCUUGCCAUCGCAUUUACUUUUCAUUCGCCGCAUACAAUUACCCAUCGCAUCAAGUCAGCUACUAUCAAGGUUUCUGUUCAUGGAAGUCGUGAACUCCCAAGUUCGAAGCGCUAUCCUUACGGGACUCCCCCUGGGAAUCCGCACUUCUUCAUGCAUGCACCGCAUCUACUUUAUGGCACCGUCUCUCCGGAGACCAUGGAGUGGACAUUCAGCCUGGCUGGGUCUCUUGGUAUCUCAGAAAUGCCCGUUAGUGCCAGCGUCAUCCCCUCGGGGAGUGUCAACAGUCGCUACAAACGGUACGAGAUGAUGCGUGUUCAGGGCUCUGCACGUACUUUGAAGAGUGCCACUGAUCCCAAGUACAAUGUCGAAGCUGGCCAAAUUGUGUGGUCUAUGGAGGAAAACAAUGUUCAGCAAUCUGGUCUUCCGCGCGAGUUUACCUUUGUCAUGCUAGUCCAAAAGCCCUCCGCCCGAAGCAGGGUUACUCUGUCCAUCGACGUCGACCCUGUCAUCGACGCGAUGCUGGGCAGUUACCCGGCCUUGAUGCUGAAACUGCCGGAGUAUUUGCCUUUGUCGCAUCGAGGCGUCGAUUUUCAGCAGGAAGUUGGGCAGCGGUUCGAGCCUGUAGACCCGGUACGCGGGUUCAACUUUGCUAAUCUAGGGAGCAUGUUCGAUGAGUACAUCGCCAUGCCGGGAAGGAAGUACAGUCGUCAGAUGCAAAUCCCGGCGGAUAACGGCACAACUGAGAAUCAUUUCCAGGUCCCCUUCCCAGGCCAGUUCGGACCCUUCAACCCGAACCCCUACCAGCAACAACUGCAGACCAACAAUCUGGCCCUACAAAACAAUGGCCUAUCUCUGCAGAACAACCUCCUGCAGACCACCCUGCAAAGCCUCGGGACCGGUCACAGAGAGGACGACCCUCAACCCCGAGCCGAGCCCAGAGCCUACCAUGGCCCGAGCAACACUGCCAUGGCGGACCAACCCCCACCGCCAUCACCGUCAACGUCCAUCACCUGCUUGACCCAACUAUGGUCUCGCAAUUCACCAACCUCGCACGGGCAAGCCCAGGCAACAUCCACUCGGGCCCCCGUAGCACUCCAAGUCUACGUCGCAGCCGGGCGCAGGACCUUUCCAGCCCGCGGAUGCCAAGCGAUGCAUCAACGGGCUCUAAGCCAGGUCCAACCGCCUCGAGUCCCCAGACCAGAGCGGGCGGACUUCCAGAGGUUGCGGAGCACGAUGAUCCUGAAAAGAGGGGACUGCCUCGAAGUCCGGAAAUGCUUUUACACGCAUCCGAGACUCGACGUGUUGCGCGGGAUGGACGGGACGGUUCUCCUGCGUCUCCGAAGACACAGACUGGCAGCUCCGGUCACUAUACCACUGCUAGUUCACGAAGAGUGA